GCCCGGUGCCAGCCCGCAGCCAUGCAGAGCGCAGCCCCCGGGCCGGCCGCCCCCGCCCUGCACCUGCUCACCUCCUACUUCAUCGACGGCAUCCUGGGCCGGAGCCCCUCCGCCAGGCGGCCAGGCGGGGACCCCCCGGAGCCGCCCGAGCCCUGCCCCGCGCCGCUGGCAGCAGAGAAGCGCCCGGUCACCGGCGCCUGGGCGGAGGAGGAAGCGGCGGAGGACGCGGAGAAGAGCAGCAGCGGCCCGGGGGAGCCGGCGGCGGGUCUCUCCGGCUCCGCCCCCGCAGCCGCGGCCGAGGCGCCGGGGCCCCUGAAGCGGAAGCAGCGGCGCUACCGCACCACCUUCAGCAACUUGCAGCUGGAGCAGCUGGAGCGGGCGUUCCGCAAGUGCCACUACCCCGACGUGUUCACCAGAGAGGAGCUAGCAAUGCGCCUGGAUUUAACAGAAGCCAGAGUUCAGGUCUGGUUUCAAAACAGAAGGGCAAAAUGGAGGAAACGUGAAAAAACUGAAAUGUUAGGGAACGUUCCAGGACUCUCCUUAACGCAUCCAUUGGGUCUGUUUUUGGACAUUCCAUUGAGUCAGUCUCCUCUUCUGGACCACGCAUGGAGAUCAAUGCCACUUUCAACAAUAGCUAUGCCAUCUGUAACUCCAGCAUUCAGCCCUGCAAGCUUAGGGCCUUUUGGUCUCAGCAGUCUUGCCUGGACAUCUCUCUUCAGAAAUCCAAUUUUAAGUCCCCAUUUUGGAAGAUUUCUCAAUGCUUUAAAUCCUCUCAUGACAACAGCUUCAGUCUUAAUGAAAGCGCCAGGACCCCCGUCAGACCCCGGUCUCACUGCCUUCACUGAUCCGGCAGCGGUUGAAAGGAAAACGUCGAGCAUUGCAGCGCUAAGGCUCAAAGCGAAAGAACAUUCAGCACAAAUCCCUCAAUUAAACCUCCUAUCCAGUCUUACAAACACUAACAAAGAACUUUGUUAGGAACUUUCCCGCAGACUGCGGUAGCACAGGAGAAAGCAAAUGCCUUCUCCCAUAAGUGGAUCCAGUUAUACAGAGGCAUAU